AUGUUCAUUCUUGUCCCCCUUUACCUUUUUGUGUGCUCCGUUAGCGCAGUCAAGUUCUACGGUCAUGCUAUUCCCGAAGACCUUCUCAGCAGCACACUGAGUCACUUGUCAGAGGCUCUCGAAGGUGACCUGAGAUAUAGCUCUCUGUUCAUGUCUCAAGACUUCAAAACUCAAAAUGGCUCUGACUUUCUGGCAAAUGAACUAGGCGUCUUUGACAUGACACUAGAAGAGUACUUUGCCGAAGAAGAGCAGCUCUCAAGCACCUUGCUGCCAUCCGUGACUGCUAGGCCGUCCGCUGUCCUUGGCGCUAGAUCUUCGGUGGACCAGCUUCGCUGUGGUCACAACGCUGUCGAGGAUACAAUCAGCGAAAAGAAUCGGAAGCACAUCUGCGGUGGUGCCGCGGCCCUCGCUUCCGCGAUUCCUGGCGGCCUCGCCAUGAUUUUAGACAGCUCUAGGGGUUGUUCUGAAGCGUCGUCGGGCAUGAAAGUUGCAUGCAAGACAGUCGUUUUGAUCACUGGUGUUUCUGGAGUUGGAUUCACGUUCAACGAGGUAAACAAUUUCUGCCUAGACUACAUGGAAGCCAAUGGCAAAAGAUGCAGCAGCCAGGGCCUUUCUGGUUCAAACAGCAAGGCUUCCAUCACCGUGAGAAAUACUCAAACAGGCCCCACGUGCGCAGACUACGACGAGACAUGCAGAGAGUAUAACGCUUGA